AUGCCAAAGCUGGUCGGUAUAAGGGGUUCUUCAGGCUCGUGUGUUUCCAUGGGUCUUUUGGCUUGCAAGUUGGGGAAUGGGGAGAGCAUUCGAUUUUUGGAUGAUGUGUGGGUUGGUGACAUGAUGUUGCGUGUAUUAUAUCCACGGGUGUAUGCGCUGAGCUUAAAGAAGAAUGGGGCUGUGUCAGAAAUGGGGCAUAGGAUUGGAGGGAAAUGGGAAUGGAACUUUGAAUUUAGGAGGGGUUUUUUUUAUUGGGAGUUGGACCAAUAUCACGAGUUUCAGUGUCUUAUUCAAUUUGUGUUGUCUAAAGAAGAGCCUGAUAUCAUAUUUUGGAAAGGGGACACAAUGGGCAUGUUUUCUGUAAAAGGAUUAUGCUGUGCUUUGGAGGACAAAUGGUAUUGUGAGGCGGGGUGGGUGGUAUCCAAGGUAAUUAGAAAGCUGGUGCCGGCAAAGGUCACUACAUUUAUGUGGCAGUUGCAACAAAGUAGGGUGGCAACGAAGGCGAACUUGCUGGAAAAACAAAUCAUUCUACCCGAUGGUGGGGUUUGUGGGUUGUGUGUUGAUGGGAUAGAGACGACAUAUCACCUAUUUCUUCACUGCAAAGAAGUAUGGGCGACAUGGUGUUCUGUUGUGCAGAGGGAAGGUUUAUGUUGGGUCAUCACCCAAACAGUAAGUAAUUUGCUGCUUGAAUGGGGAGAAUUGAGAAUCAUAUCUGAUUGGGUGAUGUGGGACAUGAUUCCUUAUGCGCUUGUCUGGACGAUAACGAUAUGGUGA